GGUAUAGACCAACCCAGCGACCCCACGGGUGAGGAAUUCAUCUCCCUGUUGGCUACAGCGCUGGAUACAUCUUUCCGUAGGGUAGAGGCCGAAAUGACGUCCUUGUUGCUGAGGCCGUUGUGGAGAUUGGCUGCUGCCAAGAGGAUCUGGAAUCAGUGGACAGAGCAAGUGCCAAAGGUGAGGCGCCUGCGAGAAGAUGAGGUCCUGCCUGACGAUGCGGUGGCCGAAACAGCCAAAGAAGCUGAGCCGCCAAAGCAGAAGGCCUUACCAAAGGCGAAACCGGAAGCGAAAAGCUCGCAGGCCAAGAAGUCUUGCAAGAAGAAUGACUUGCAGGAUUGGAGCAGGAGAUCCUUGGCCAUGCUCAACGAGAUGGGUUGGAGCGGAUCUGGAAAGCCAUGAGUCGGAGUAGAGGUUCCGAAGUCCGAAGUCAACAAAACCAAUUUAGUGAG